AUAAGAGGAGGACAGUGAGAGACUGGUCACUGUGUAUCAGCUCUGUCCCACACAACAUGUCUGCUUCUGUCCACGUCCCCCGUGUCCCCUUCGCCCUCCUCGUCUUUGUCCUCACAGUGUGCUGCUGCUGCUCAGUGGCUGUGGGACAGAUUGCCAUGGACUGCUGUCUGCAGGUGAGGAGCAAGGAAGUCCCUAAGGCAGCUGUGGUGGACUACUGGGUGCAGGUGGCGGGACAGGGCUGUGCCAUCGAUGCCGUCAUCUUGGUGACUCGAGAGGGCCGGUCCUUGUGCGUCCCACCCUCUCAGCCCAAACUCAACCAGAUCCUGAGCCACGUGGAGAAGCUAAGGAAGCACUGCAAGAAAACUGGCUAUAAGGGGAAGCGCUGUUCCAGGGUCAAGCAUGACUGAAGAGCUCUCCUCCUGUCAGUUUGCAGCUCUGAGGCCAGAAUACAACAGCUCCUGUUUAAAGUACUUAGUACACAGAGGAAGUAUAUACAAUGAGCCAUGUAGAAUCUUGAAUAUAAGAAAGAUGUGAUCAAACAUAAAGCUAAACUAGGUCCAGCUGGAUUUAACCAGCCAGGUCUAAACCAGGACUCAAACCAACACUAAACCAGAACUAGACCACUAUACCAGCCCUAACCCAGGACUAAACCAGGGCUAAGCCAGUCCUAACCCAGGACUAAACCAGGACUAAACCAGGACUAAACCCAAAACAUGCAAAAUAUGUUAAAAGGAAGUAAGGUACUGUGACGUUUGUAUAAAUCCUUUAAAGUAACUGUAUUUAAGAUUUGGAUGCUAAAUUUCAUAAACACGACCUGUACCCAAGGGCCACGCUACAACAACGGAAUAAGAUAAAGAUAUUUAUUGAUGGUGAUAGAUGUGACGGCUGGGGGGAGAGCUGACACAGACAGUGUUGUUGGGACAGGCCACAUAAAUAGAGACUGUGGAUAAGUGUGAAGGCGUGGGUGAGCUGAGCUGAGCUGUGGUUUGGCUGGAGCAGAGGUUGAGGUGUGGUCCAGCUCCUGAAUCUCUCUUAAUCAUAUUAACUCCACAUAACCAUGUUUAAAUCAAAUAAAAUGAUUUUGAUAACAAUUCUAAUACUGAUUUAUUCAGAAAUGCCAUUCAGAUGUUUGUUCACCAUAUUACUUUAUUGAAGUAAAAACACCAGAAUAAAAAAUACUGCAGUAGUAGUAGUAGUAGUAGUAUAUGACUGAGUACCACAGUAGCAUAGGUUGAACUCAAUGUGGAGUCCAUGCCUAAGCUUCUGUCUGUGGACUUGAUUAUGCAUGUUUUCUUUUUGGUGAUUUUGUCUUAAAUUAUGAAUAAAUGUUUAUUUAUAUAUCACAUGACACUGUCCAGGCUUUGGACUUUUUAUGGUCUCUAUCACACUGUAUGUAUUUUUGUGAGCCUAAAAUAAUAAACCUAAAAUGCAUGAAA